UGUCAGGGAUGAAGUGGAACAUUCGUGGCCUCCUGCUUAUUUUAUCUGCCCUUUUCUGCAUAUCUGUAGGAGAUUCCACAGGUAAUAUCCCUCCAAAGUGUCCUCUGCACUCAAAAUCUGCAGACACAAAAAAUGGAAAUAAGGAGAUGGAUAUGUUCAUACUGGGUUCAUGUGGUUUCAAAGGAUACAUGAAAACAGGUAGUUGCAAUGGUGAUACAUGGGGUAUUUCACAGAACCAAUCAGUGAGCUUACUUCAGUGCGGUUUUAAAGUAUCAUCAGAGAACCUAUUCAAAAUCUCUGUAUUUCCGAUUGUUGAAGAUGCAUUCUGUACAGGAAACACAACACACAGUACAAACACAUCCUGUACAACAUACAGUAGUGACUGUGGUGUAACUUUAUCAAGACACCCACCUUACAAACUCAACAUAAGCAGAAGUGUUAUGCCCACAUUUGUCUGUUUAAUUGAAGGGAAAUGUAGAAAUUACACUUUGACAAACUGGAUUACAAAAGGUUGUAACUGGAGCCACCAAACCCCUAAAUAUUUUGAGAAUGCGGGAUAUGCAUGUAAUAUGACCUGCCUGAAUCCCAGUCAGACGUGUAAGAAUGCACAAUAUGAUUCCAGCUGUAAAGGUAAAGAAGGUAAUAUAAACAGGAUUGUGGUCCAUAAUAAAACUGCAACUUGUUAUAAGUGUGGAAGUCCUCUUCAAGAUACGCCAAAAAUUCAAGCAUCCUCAAAUGAUUUCAAUACUAAUAAAACAGAGAUAGAUGCUGCGGCAGCUGCUAAGGCCAUGGAAAAUCUCUCCAGCCUACUGCUUUUGAUGGAGAAUUUGACCGUUGCCUCUAUAUCCAUGGGUAACGUUAAAGGGGUUUUAAAGAAAAUUCAAAAUGAGUCUGAAAUCACGACGUCCUACUUCAUCUACUCUCCAGAAACUGGCAUCAGUGUUAUAGAUGAUUUGGACGAACUGCAGAAAUAUCCCAAUGCUUUCAGUAUUCCAGAGGAAGCAGCUAAGAAAGCGCUCAACCAAAGUGCAGGAAGCGCUUUUAUGGGUGUUUUCCUCUUUCCCAACAUGUCAAAGGAUGCAGAGAAUAGUACGGUUUUGAAUGAUGAGGUUUAUGCAAUCGAAAUGGGGACAAAAAUUUCUAAUCUGAGUGAUGCCAUCAUCUUGACCUUCAAAAAUCGUCAGAAGACGGAGGGAAGUCCUGUUUGUAAAUCAUGGGAUGGAAAAGGAAAUAAGCCAAACUGGACAUCCGAAGGGUGUAGCACGUUUAAUGCAGAAAACAAGAUAACAUGUAAAUGCAAACAUUUGACUUUCUUCGCUGUGCUUAUGACCCCUCCAAACAUACACAUUCCCCAAAGCGACCUCACUGCUCUCACCUACAUCACCUACAUCGGCUGCGGCCUCUCCUUGUUUUUCCUGUCCAUCGGGCUCUUCAUGCACUUCCUCAUGAGGAGAGUGAAGGCCACUGAUUCUCUCCGCGUGCUGGUUAAUCUCUUCGUGGCGCUGUUCCUGCUCAACGUGGCCUUCCUGUCGAAUGAGUACGUAGCGCGUGCGAAGGACGUCACCGCCUGCAAGGUCAUGGCUGGAUUCAUGCACUACUGCUUGCUGGCCAGUUUCAACUGGUUUGCGGUGGAGGCUUUUCACCUCUGCCUGCAGAUGACCAAACACUCAGUCACCAUCAAACAUUACAUGAUCAAGAUCUCUGUGGUUGGGUGGGCUCCUCCUGCUCUUGUUGUUAGUAUCAUUUACGUCUUGGGCAAAUAUGGUGAGCAGUCCAUAACAACGGACAAAAGCAACGUAACUAUGUGCUGGAUUUUAGACUCUAAUGUCCACUACUACGUGAACAUCGGUUAUUACUGCUUGAUCUUCAUCUUCACCUUCAGCACCUUCAUUGUGGUGCUGCGAUGGCUCUCCAUGCUGAAGCUGAGCAGGCUGAACAAGGCUGGAAAGGUGAAGCACUCAGGAACCGCCACCUUUGACAUCACCACCAUCCUGGGCCUCUGCUGUAUGCUGGGACUCACCUGGAGUUUCGCCUUCUUCAGCUACGGAGCUAUGCGUCUGCCCUCGUAUUACAUAUUCACCGUCCUGAACUCCUUCCAAGGUUAUGAAAGCGUGGCGAUGGCGUGA